AUGUCACUAUCGUCGUUCAAAAACCCGCCGACCUAUGGCACUCUUCUCGGCUCCACGCUCUUCCAAUCCUUCAUUUCUGGCGUCGUCGCCUUCAGAGUCCUGCCCCGCUCCCAGUUCUCCCAGCUACAAAAAAACACCUUUCCCAUCUACUUUUCCCUGCAGACUGCGCUCCCCGUCGCAAUGCUGUUGACCUACCCCCGCGGCGGCGCUACUUCUCUUCUCCCUUCGUUCCUACAGCCUGCCUCGGCCACCAAUCCCCCUCCGUCCUUUUCCUUCUUCGCGCCCGCCACUCCCGCCGCAUCCACGAACAAGCUCGCUGCCUGGCUGCACGCCACCAUGUUUGUGACUGCGCUGGCCAACUUGGUGUACAUUGGACCCAAGACGACCGAGAUUAUGGGCAUCAGGAAGCACCAGGAGACGCGGGAUGGCAAGAAGAGCUACGACAAUGGGCCCCAUAGCAAGGAGAUGCAGGCGCUCAACAAGCAGUUUGCUAUUCUGCACGGUGUCAGCACCGUUGUCAACCUGAUUGGACUUGGCGCCAUGAUCUGGUACGGUGCUGUUCUCGCGGAUGGAAUGAGCUUGUAA